AUGCCGCUAGUUCGUAAUCCCAUUCUUCCAGGUUUCAACGCGGACCCAUCGGUCUUGCGUGUUGGAAAUGACGGUGUCUGGGCACCUUGUCUCACACAUGACGGCAGCAAAUUCUGGUUGGUGUACACAGACGUCAAACGCAAGGAUGGCUCCUUCAAAGACACGCCCAACUACAUCGUCACUGCCGAUCGCAUCGAGGGUCCGUGGUCUGACCCCAUUUACAUCAACCACUCAGGAUUCGAUCCUUCACUGUACCACGAUGACGAUGGCAAGAAGUACUUCAUAAAUAUGCUGCAAGACCACCGAAGACGUAAGCAGUUCUUCGUUGGAAUCAGAAUGCAGGAAUGGGAUCCUGAAACGAAGAAACUUGUUGGCCCAUGGAAGACUAUCUUCCCCGGUAGCGACUUAGCUCUGGUGGAAGGCCCACAUCUAUACAAGCGGAACGGGUGGUACUACUUGUUGACUGCUGAGGGCGGCACAGCAUAUGAACACGCCUGUACUUUGGCACGAUCCCGCGAUAUUUGGGGCCCAUACGAAUUGCACCCUCAAAAGCACAUCAUCACCUCCAAAGACGCACCGCUAGCUUCGCUACAAAGGGCUGGUCAUGGAGAUAUAGUCGACACUCCGGACGGCAAAACAUACAUCGUCCAUCUGGCUGGCCGCCCUACCACACAAUUCCGUCGCUGUGUUCUUGGGCGUGAAUGCGCUAUUCAAGAGGCUUACUGGGACAAGGACGAUUGGCUAUAUGUCAAGAAUGGGCCCGUUCCAUCUCUCCAUGUCGAACUGCCGGCAGCGCGCGACGAUACCGCAUACUGGGCUGAGCAGCGGUACGAAUUCAACAGCAAAGAUGGUCUCCACAAAGACUUCCAGUGGCUCCGCACCCCGGAGCCAGAGCGCAUCUUCAACGUCAAAGAUGGUGCUCUGCAACUCAUUGGGCGCGAGGCCGUUGGAUCCUGGUUCGAACAAGCCCUUGUUGCACGCCGUCAAACGCAUUUCUCGUAUGAUGCCGAGACAGUCGUUAGCUUCAGCCCAGACGACGAACGCACAUUCGCAGGUCUGACUGCCUACUACUGCCGCUUCAACUUCUUCUACCUGACCGUCACGGCCGACUCUGAUGGUAAGCGCGAACUGCUUAUCUUGAGCUCGGAAGCUUCGUGGCCGGACGGCAAUUUGAAACUCCCGCUCGCGGAGCCGGUGUCACUCCCACAAGAGGGCAAGGUACGAUUGGCGCUGAGCAUUCGGGGUAGAAAACUCCAAUUUAGCUACGCGCUAGAGGGACAAAAGGACUUGACAGAGAUUGGACCGGUCUAUGAUGCUUCGAUCCUCAGUGAUGAGUGUGGUGGCCAUCAAGCGUGA